AGGAGAUUGUGAUGGAGAAAGGGGGUCUGUAAAACGUCAGGCGCGGCACAAAGACUUUGCCACGUAAUUACAGGCUCCUAUUAAGUGGAGAUCUGCCCUCCCAGGGGUCUCCAAUUUUCUUGUAUUCCCUACAAAGCCUCCUCUGCAUGCCAGUUUGUGCCUUUUGAAGUGCCAGAGAGCUUCUUGAUCCAACUGAGAAGGAAAAAGGAGGUCUGCAAGAAGAGGGGGAGAGAAAGAAGGGAAAGGGGGGAACCCACCACCACCUCCUUCGGAUUCGUGAAGCCCUGCGUUCUUAUUUUUUAUUAUUAAUUAUUAUUAUUUUACUCCUUACGAAAAGUAAAGUGAGAAUCCUGCUCCAUAAUACAUCUGCAAGACAUCAUCCUCUCCUCCUGAAACUGUAGUCACUCCUGAGAAUCCACAGGAGUGCAGAGAGGGGGGAACCGUUUUCUUGAAGAUGUUUUAAAGCUGGAACAAGCCUUCUUCUGUUGGUGCUUGAACUCUUGCCGGGGAAUAACUUUUUUUAACCUUUUUUUUUUUAGACCCACUUUGAUUCUUUUUUCCCACCCCUUCUUCUGUCUUCUAUUUGCCUAACUCCCCCGCCCUGCUGGCCACCCCUUUCUCCUCUCUCUCUCUCUCUCUCUCUCUCACUCUUUCUCCGUGUGUCUCUCUCUCUCCUUUAUUAUUAUUUUUAGUGUGUGCGUGCGGACGCUUCUUGAGAAUCGGAAGGUUUUCCCCCCCCUCCCUCUUUCUAGAUUUAAACAUAGGAUAACUUUUCAAUUGAACUUUUUUGGUGUGGAUUAUCUGUUCGGACCGCGCCGGACUUGGACUUGGCUUCAGAACAGCUACCAAGCUGCCGAAAGCUCCUGGUGCAGAACGCCCAGCUCUGUAGAAAGGGGUCCCCGCCCUCUGUUCUCUCUCUCUCGCUCGCUCUCUCUCUCUCUCUCUCUCUCUCUCUCCACUCCCCCCUCUUUCUUCCCCACUCGGCUCCUCUCCCCCCCUCUCGCCCACAGCGUUUGGUGUUGAUUCGAGCGGGAAGAGGGGGGUGGGUGGGAUUGGAGGGGGAGACCAUGACCUCCAGCUACGGGCACGUUCUGGAGCGGCAACCGGCGCUGGGCGGCCGCUUGGACAGCCCCGGCAACCUCGACACCCUGCAGGCGAAAAAGAACUUCUCCGUCAGUCACCUGCUGGACCUGGAGGAAGCCGGGGACAUGGUGGCGGCGCAGGCGGACGAGAGCGUGGGCGAGGCGGGCCGGAGCCUGCUGGAGUCGCCAGGACUCACCAGCGGCAGCGACACCCCGCAACAGGACAAUGACCAGCUGAACUCAGAGGAAAAGAAGAAGAGAAAGCAGAGGAGGAACAGGACCACUUUCAAUAGCAGCCAGCUGCAGGCUUUGGAGCGCGUUUUCGAGCGAACACAUUACCCUGAUGCUUUUGUGCGAGAAGACCUCGCCCGUCGGGUGAACCUCACCGAGGCCAGAGUGCAGGUGUGGUUUCAGAACCGAAGAGCUAAGUUCCGCAGGAAUGAGAGAGCCAUGCUGGCCAAUAAAAAUGCUUCCCUCCUCAAGUCCUACUCAGGAGAUGUGACUGCUGUGGAGCAGCCGAUUGUACCUCGUCCUGCUCCCAGACCCACCGAUUAUCUCUCCUGGGGGACAGCCUCUCCGUACAGCGCCAUGGCUACUUAUUCUGCCACAUGUGCCAACAAUAGCCCUGCACAGGGCAUCAACAUGGCCAACAGCAUUGCCAACCUGAGACUGAAGGCCAAGGAGUAUAGUUUACAGAGGAACCAGGUGCCAACAGUCAACUGAGGAAAAACAUAAUUUAACAGGCCUAAGAAGAAAUCAAAAAUCAUAAGACACCUGUCCUGCUCUGUCAUUUCUUCAUCUGCUGGAAAAAAAAAAGUAAAACAAAAAAAUAAAUAAAAACCAGGACUAAAAUAUUGGGACCAUGGCAGAAAAAAGCAGGAGAGGAGCAAAUGAAAAUUAGUUAACAAGAGUUCCUCCUCCCUCUGGGAUACCACCACCAUUUGUUUCUGUGUGUGUUCAUUAUUUUUUUCUUCUAUUCAUGCUUUGCUAAUUAUACUUUGAGCUUCUUCAGUUAGGUCCAGCCCACCCACUCCCAUAAUUGUAAAAGAUUUUAAAAACAUUGCAUCAGCCAAAGAAAAAUAUAUAUAUAUAUAUAUUCAGAAGGAGUACUGAUAACUUCUCAGCAACCUGUUUGACCUCAGUGCCUUACCCUGUCCUCUUCCCAGUUCCCUCCAGGAGAUUUUUUUGAACAGCCAGUCUUUCUCAAGUAUGUGUCUUCUUGUCUCCAGUGUCUGUUGGUCAUGGUAAGAUUUUUACCACCAUCUAUGUGUGAACAAAUUAUAUACAAGUUCUGGUCACUAACCUGUCUGUUCAAUGUGGUUGGCUAUUCCAAGCCAGUCUAAGCUGUGGACCUAAGCUCUAAGUUUAAGAUAUAAUUAAUGUCACAAUACCACCCCUCACUAUGCUCAAAAGAUAAAUCAUCCUAAGCUAAUGACUAUUGUUUUUGAACAGUUUUCUGUCACUUGAUGGAAGAAAUUUUUUCACUUGAUGAGAGAGAGAGAGAGAGAGAGAGAGAGAGAGAGAGAGAGAGAGAGAGAAAUUGCUAUAGGGAAACCAAGACUGAAUUAUGAAACACAUAGUCUACAUCUCUUUGUUGCCUUAAGGGAAGUCAGACACACACACACACACACACACACACACACACACACACACACACGUAUAUAUUUAUAUAUUAUAUAUAUAAAGUAUUGCAAGCUUCAGCUUGCAAGUUCGCAAACACAAAAAGCAAAUUUUACACCAUUGUCCUCAUCCUCACCUCCAAAGUGAGAUAUCUUGCUCCUUUUCAUGUUUUGUACCAAAUGCUCUUUAAGGUCACAGAGCAAUGGGCAAGACAGCCGCUUUAGAACAGAUCUCUUUUUCACAUUAGGGCUUUAAAUGAAUUAGGAAUUACCUGAAACUUUAAAAAUGGCCUCGACUUUAAGCCCCAUCUCUGGUGGCAUGUGGAUAUACUCUACCCAUUACAGGAAGUAUAUCUGGACAGGAGAAGGAAGGAAGCAAGUUAUUUGCUCUUUCUCCAUGUAACAGAAAUCUGAAAGACAAGUUGUAUAUUUAAGUGGAAUUUUUAAGUGCUUCAAUUCUAAAAAUGUAAGGACAAUUAUGGACUUUUAUACUUUUGGAAUUCUGAAAUAAAGUUUAUUUUUUAGGGCUGGGAAGGAGGGCCGGCAUUUCUUUGUUUCUUUCUCUUUGUUCCCAGACAUGUUCUGCCAACUUGCCCAGUGGACUUGACCAAAUCUCAGUUUACCUGUUUAUAAAAUGGUUUUAAUAAUGCCUACCUCACAGGGGUGUUGUGAGGCUCUGUUCAUUUGCUCCUUCUUUCUUUCCUGUAUUUUUUCUAUGUCCAGCACCUUGUAGCCAUGGAAGGAAUCAGACUAUAAAAGUGUACAAUGUUUAUGGAAUGAUACCUAAAAGCCUUGUUUUCUAGUAAGGAAAUGAUACCUUGCUGUACAUAUGUGUAACCUUGUAUUUGAAAAAUGAGAAAUAGUUUUAUAUUUUUAGAUUUCUCAAAAAAAAUCACAUCAUUUGACCAAAGAAUAAUUUAAAGACAUAAAGAAUAGACAUGCUUCAAACUCAUAUUCUCAUCCCAAUCAGCUUAGAUCUAAUAUGGUUAUCAUGGCUGAUAAAGCUUUAGACUGAUUUUGGCCAAAUAUGCCAACUUUGAAUAACAGGCAAGGAAUUUUGGAUAUAACAUACACGUGCAGCACAUAUUUUUGUAUUUCCUUGGCAUAUCAGAUUGAGCUAAUAGUUUAGUUUUUUAAGAUAACAGCCACCAAUCUGAAAAAAAUAUUUUUAAACAAUUUCACAUUUUGUUCAGGAAUCAGAAGGAUAAUAAUUUUGUGCCUUUUGCUCUCACUAAGUGAGUCUGUCUUCAUAUCACUCUAGUACAAAAACAUUUCUUACAGAUGAGUUCCUGCAGGCUGACUGAACUACACUCAUUACUUGCUUCUAAAGACUCUCUGCACUCAUUCACUUGUUCCAUGAAGUGCUGUGUACUAUCAAGUUCCAAAGAAACUGUUUAUCCUUAUAGCAGAAACGUUCUUUCAUUUCCAAAAUGAGGACAAUCCAAGAGCCUGGUAAACUUUGGGGUUUGGAAUUUGAGAAGAAAAGCUAACAAAGAAUUUGGGUUGUAGGUAAGAAACAGAAAUCACAUAGGAAAGGUUUUGCUGAGGUGGGAAGAACCUUAUAAGAGGAAAUAUAUAGGUAAAGUGUCAGGUGAAAGGAAGUCAUGUGAAGCCUUCCUAUUGGCAUUCAUUUCCAGCCCAGCCAACACAAAAGCCUGACCCUGGAAGUUCAGAGGAAAAGCUGGGAUGUCUUGUGUAAGCACUGUCUAGGAAUUUUAUAGAGCAACUGGUGCUGGUUAGUAUAGGAAUAAUCAAUGCUGGUGGACCAAUGCUAAAAAAAAAAAAUAAAUAAAAGCAUCUUUACUUGAGCAUUUGAUCAAGAAGUGCAUAUAUAUGUCACACUAGCACUCAGUUUUGUUCAUUUAUCAUUGACUUUGAGGACACAGUUUGAUAAUUGAUUGGGAGGACUAGACUUCUGUCUCUUAAGCCAAUUAACGGAAGAGGGUCUUUGUGCCAUGAAACUCAGGCACACCCUCAUUCCUCACCAUCAUUGUACAGAGAUACAAUGAAUAUGAAUGCAUAGGAGCUCUCAUUGUUCCCAGUCCCUCUCCAAACAAGAUGCUGAGUAGUAGAGUAUUUGGCAGGUUAAAUAAAACCAGAAGUGGUGACCUAACAAAAAGCAAAAAAGGGAAUGACAUAAUGGUAAUAAAUAUCUCAUAAGUAAUGUAAUAUGUAAAUUAUAUCUUGCUUUAUGAUGUAAAAUAUACAUUGUUUGCGCUAGAAUAGAAAAAUUUCAAUAAAAUGAAAGAAGGAUACUACAAUGUCUUUUGCUAUA